CGCCACCCGCGUCUUUCACACAUUCAACAUUUCCGUAUCCGGGAAAAUUUUGAACCGCAACCGUGAAAAGUGUUACCCCGUUCACGUCAUGACUAAAAUGCACUGUCAAUAUACGCGGGCGCUGCUUCCCCGAACCCAUUGCACAUAAACUAACUGCAAUUUCUUUUCUUUGUGUUGUUGUGACCGUAAAUUUAGCACGCUAGAUUGUUGUAUCGAACUGUCGUCGGAUAGAGGCUCUUUUGGUGUUAGUUUUUGUGUUGUGGUAUACGAACGAGGAGAGCGAAAACUAUGGUGCCAAGCUGUCUGCGUUGAAAGAUAGAGAAAAGAUGCCUCACAAUUUGGGUGAUUUCUCGGAAAAACAUCUCCCCAAGUGAUGGAGGAUUACCAGUAAUGCCCCUGUAGACAGGAAAUAGGCUACUCCUUCCUCUUAAACAUCUUGAUGCAGACAUGAACCUCAUUAACAUGGACGCGGAAAACCGCGUCGUAUUGAACGUGGGUGGAAUCAGGCAUGAAACGUAUAAAGCGACCCUAAAGAAGAUCCCAGCGACCCGAUUGUCACGACUCACCGAAGCGCUGGCGAAUUAUGAUCCUAUUCUCAACGAAUACUUCUUUGACAGGCAUCCGGGAGUUUUUGCACAAGUUCUUAAUUACUAUAGGACUGGCAAACUACACUAUCCUUCCGAUGUCUGCGGACCAUUAUUUGAAGAGGAGUUAGAAUUUUGGGGUUUGGAUGCAAACCAAGUGGAACCCUGUUGCUGGAUGACGUACACACAACAUCGAGACACACAGGAAACUCUGGCUGUUUUAGAUAGGUUAGAUUUAGAUACAGAAAAACCAAGUGACGAAGAAAUUGCUAGAAAAUUUGGCUUUGAAGAGGACUAUUUCAGGGGCACAUUAUCCUGGUGGCAGUUGACGAAACCAAAAAUUUGGUCUCUCUUUGAUGAACCGUAUUCAUCUACAGCAGCAAAGGUGAUAGGAGUUCUGUCAGUAUUUUUUAUUUGCGUCUCGAUCUUGUCCUUCUGUCUCAAGACCCAUCCAGAUAUGAAAGUGCCCUAUUUGAGGACGAUUUCGGUCAGAACGGCGGGCAACGAAACUGCUCAUACGAUUGAUAAGGCAGACACCGAUGCACACAUAGCCUUCUUUUACAUCGAGUGCAUAUGUAACGCCUGGUUCACGUUCGAAAUAAUUAUUAGAUUUAUUGCAUCUCCGAACAAAUGCGAAUUCAUAACUGCAUCGGUGAACAUUAUCGAUUACAUCGCGACAGCAAGUUUUUACAUCGACCUGCUACUGAGGAAGUUCGCGUCUCAUCUGGAGAACGCUGACAUCAUGGAGUUCUUCUCGAUCAUCAGGAUAAUGAGGUUGUUCAAGCUCACGCGGCAUUCGUCCGGCCUAAAGAUUUUAAUACAAACAUUUCGUGCAUCCGCUAAAGAACUCACGCUGUUGGUGUUUUUUCUUGUGUUGGGUAUCGUUAUUUUUGCGAGUCUAGUGUAUUAUGCCGAGAGGAUACAGGCGAAUCCACACAACGAUUUUAAAAGUAUACCGCUCGGGCUUUGGUGGGCGCUGGUCACGAUGACCACCGUCGGUUAUGGCGACAUGGUACCCAAGACUUAUAUAGGAAUGUUUGUUGGCGCUCUUUGUGCACUCGCCGGUGUGCUUACGAUUGCCUUGCCAGUUCCUGUGAUCGUGUCCAAUUUUGCCAUGUACUACAGCCACACACAGGCUAGAGCAAAACUUCCGAAGAAAAGACGGCGAGUUCUUCCUGUUGAACCAACUAGAGGUCCUCGACUUCCUGGUCAGGCACCUACAGGGCCAGUUGGUGCUCCACCUGCAGGAGUAGGACCUGUGCCAAUUCAAAAUAGGCGAAUGAACGCCGUGAAAACAAACCAUCCGAAAGAUAUAGUAAUGGAAAACAAACCAGUUUCUAUAGGCGUAACGAGCAACCUAAACCCAAACGGAGUUGGCUUGGAUAAGAACCCAGCCCUCUCGAUUGGCAAACCCAAACUCGAAUUCACCUCGUCACAAGUGACUCUAACAACAAAAUCUGGUCAAUGUCAGAUAACAACACAGGCAACUACGGUGCCCUCAUAGCUGUAACUAUAUACAAUAUGUUGUCGUUUUAAUUAUUGACUAUAUACAUAUAGUGUAAUUAAUUCUAUAAUUAAAUUCAAUGCAUCCAUAAGAAAUGGUAAUAUGGUACGAAUACUACACUUAAAGCUUAUCAAUUUAUUAUCAUGUAUUAUUAUGGAAUAAGGUUAAACAUUCUAAACGUUUACCAAUUGUGAUACUUAACGUUACUGAGCUAUUUAAAUUUUAAAAGAACGGUGUUCUGGUGUCUCUUUUUAAUAUAAUUUCUCCUAGAUAUAUAGGUAGUUAUCUAGCUCUGUAGAGGUAGAGCAUACUUUAUUUAUAUCUUUGGGUGUUUUUGAAUAAAAUGGUUUGCUAGAGUCAGCCAAAAACAAAGAUGAGUGCAUCAAUCAAGUGUGCUUCAAAAGUAGCACGUUCAACUGUUUAACUUCAUAGUUGAUGAUUGUUUACAUUUUAACAUCGAAUAGAUACCUACCCUUAGCAUUUUAUACUUUAUUAUACAAUCUUGAAAGAAGUUUAGUGAAAAUUGCAACUCAUGAAAUUGUGCCAGCGUCUGCUAUAUUAUUACGUUACUGCGCACAACUUCCAAAAAUGGUAGUACCGUUGCGCAUUACGUCAUCGUGAUAGACCAUUAAAUUAAGAGUAUUGUAUUUCUAAUGCUGUCUUUGUUUUUGGACAGAAAUUGAAGAGAUGAUAUUAUAUAGGUAGAUUUAUUUAAAUUUUAUGCAUUACUAUCUACCAUUAAGGGUGUUUGCAGAUUAUGCGAUUUCACACAAUUGCGAAGCGGUAUGAUAGGAGAAAAAUGCCGUAACUAUACAAAAUUGUCAUGAUAUCACAAGAUAAUUAUGUAUGUAGUAAGUUAUGUGAGUGUGUUGUAUAUGUUGUUUUUCGAAGUAAUUAAUUUCGGUAUGUAAACAAUAUUCGCCCUCAAUAAGAUUUAUAGCGCGCGGUGAAUCGCCGAAUUAUCGCUCAGUGUGCAAACGCCCUGCAUAUUCUUAAUACUUAAUAUGUGAUUCCUAUUGCAAUAAUUAAUUGUUUAAUUAUCAACGCAUUCUACAACCAACGUAUCGCAUAAAUACGUAAUGUGUGAAAGAGUAAUACUACAGAUGGACACACAUGCUUUAUUACGUAAUAUUAAUAGUAUUUAUGUUAAGGUAUAUUCGUGUGUAUAAUAAUAUUUAUUGUAAAUAAGAACGUAUUGCCUGCCUUUGAAAACAUUUUAAGUUCUAUCUACAUAUAACUCUACUGACUACUUACUACACCAAAAUAAUUACUACAACUUAUCUACUAGAUAUAUAUUAAUGUUCCAGGGCUUAUUGUUUGAAAUUUUUUCAAACAAGGGACCAAAGAAAGAAUGCGAUUGUCAAUAAAUAAUAAACACAUCAGUCUUUUGAUGGCAAAAUCAUUUUGAAGAGAUCGCAUAAACUUAAACUGUUA